GCCGCCAGAGUCCGCCACCGCCGCCGGCGGCAGCAGCAGCUCGGAGCCGAGGGUCCCCCCUUUUAAGUGGUCUCAUGACUCAGUGCGGGAAACAGUGGACGACUGCGAGCAGGAAGCAUCCCAACACUCAGAGGACUUUUGAACACUGAAAUGUAUUGGCUCCCUGCGUCCGCCAUUUUGGCUCUACUCUGCCUGGUGCCCCCGGUCCACAGCACCGGCAGCCUGCAGGCCGGCCUGAGGCAUCGACAGGGCAGCUUCGCCAUGGCCUUGUACCGCGCCGCGGCCCAGGGCCGCGUCGACACCAAUCUGGUGGUGUCGCCGUCCGGCGUGGCGGCCGCCCUGGGCCUACUGCAGCUCGGCGCCCGGGGCAACACCAGGGCCCAGCUGGAAGCCGGCCUGGGCUACGACGUCAACGAUGGUCACGUUCGCGAGCUGCUGCUGCAGUGGCAGGCCGAGGUGAACAACAGCAGCAGUCCAAUGGCAUCAAAGGAGGCGUGGCUACAGCAGACAUGUGUCUUAUUGGUGCAGAACAGCAUUAAACUCGACACCGGAUUCGCGCAUAAGGUUGAAACCUGGGCUGAUGUCAGUGUGAUGAGAGAUCACCAGCAACAGAACAACAAUUCACGCAAAGAUGAGGCGUGGCUCCCCCUACAGGCAGGAAGCAGCAGCGGCGACCUGUCUGGAUCUGGUGAGGCUCAACAGGCUGAGGCUUCCACAUUGUUAUCAUCGUCAUCGUUAUCGGCAUCGCAGUCUUCCUGGCCAUCCGGCCAGCAGAUGGCACUGUUGAGCACGGUUACGUUCAGGGGCAUGUGGCAAAAGCAGUUUCACGCUGUCAACACGCACAACCUCCACUUUCUGCUCGUGGACGGCACCACUGUCAAAGUACCCAUGAUGCACCAGGCUACUGAGGUUCGCUUUGGUCAAUUCCAAACAUCGUCUAACCAAAGGUACGCGGUCCUGGAUCUUCCCUACUCUGGUUUGUCCCUGAGCCUCCAGGUGGUCCUCCCUUCAGACCGCAAGACACCUCUGUCUUCCCUGGAGGCUCAGCUAAGCUUUCGCCACAUGGCCUCUUGGGAGGCCGGCCUACGCAGGACCAGGAUGGACGUCUUCCUGCCCAGGUUCAAGAUGCAUAACAAAUUGAACUUGAGGUCCACGCUUCCUGCCAUGGGAAUCGGAGACGCCUUCAACCCGUCGGAUGCUGACUUUUCUGGGAUUUCAGCCGAGGACUCGCUCUACGUGUCCGACGCCUUCCAUGACGUCACCAUCGAAGUCACGGAGGAGGGAACCAAGGCGGCCGCCGCCACAGCCAUGGUGCUACUGAAGCGUUCCCGCUCUCCCGUCUUCAAAGCAGACCGGCCUUUCCUGUUCUUGCUGAGACACAUUAAAACAGGAUCCAUUUUGUUCAUGGGCCGAGUGAUGAACCCCGCCGACCAAUUGCUAUGAGAUGUUUAUAACAUGACACGCACACACAUUUAUAUAUACUGUAUAUAGAUAAAUACUUUAUUAAUCCCGAGGGAAAUUACAACACACACAGUAUUUAUUUGCAUGCACUUCCGCAAGAGGGACAAUAUUUUUUGUAAAUGUGUAAAUAAAAUUUUAAUAAUUUUUUUUUUUUUACACUUGACGUGCCAUUUUUCCCCCUUUUUUGUGGCUCUCUAUUCUUUUCACCCGGAAAAAGUGUUUUUCGUGAUUUUUUUUCAAAAUAU